AGAAACAGUGCUCAAACUUUAGUGCAGUGACUCCUACCAGGCUUUGCGAGAAGUUGCGAAACUGUUGUGAUCAAGAAUUCAAUCGUUGGAACCAUGUCAUCUUUGGGGAUAGAGCCGGUGGAUGCUUCUGCCCGGCUGAAUGCGAACCACACCACCGUUUUCGCGUUCGAGAAAAGUUUCAACUACAAGGAUCAAAUAACCUGGUUUGAAAAUAACUGGACAUUGUCUUUCACGUCCUGUGCAGUGUACAUAGUGGUGAUCUUUGGUCUUCAGGCAUGGAUGCAGAACCGACCCAGGUACAACCUCCAGUUUGCUCUAACUGCCUGGUCCUUCAUGUUGGCCAUCUUCAGUUGGCUCUGCGCUGUUCGUCUUGUCACUGACUGCUUCUUCUUCGUCAGGACAUACGGGUGGAAGGCUUCUAUGUGUGAUCCUGUCUUCUACAAAGGCGUAAGCGGAUUCUGGUGCUGGCUGUUCGUCCUGAGCAAGCUUCCCGAACUUGGAGACACCGUGUUCAUCGUGCUCCGCAAGCAACGGCUCAUCUUUCUCCACUGGUAUCACCACAUCACCGUCCUGCUUUACUCCUGGUACAGCUACGCUCACUACAUCGCUCCUGGACGCUACUUUAUCCUCAUCAAUUCAUGUGUCCACGCCAUCAUGUACAGCUACUACACCGUUCGUGCAGCCAAGCUUAUGCGUAUUCCAAGUUGGGUAAACAUCUCCAUCACAACCAUCCAGAUUCUACAAAUGGUAGUUGGUUGCUAUGUCAACAUAUAUGCUUACAAGAUGAUCAAGAAGGGGGAGCCGUGUUCCACCACCCAUGAUAAUAUAAAAUAUGCCUCCCUAAUGUACCUCAGUUAUUUCAUGCUCUUUGCACAUUUCUUCUACAAUACCUAUAUCAAUAAGACAUUAUCAAAGAAAUCUCAUAAAGAAUGAUGUAUGUUUUGGCAGGUAGUUGAUACAAUAGAUAAAAAUUUAUAUUUACGCUCAUGAAUAUAUUUGUAUGUCUUGCUAUGUGCACAACAAAUCGUGUGAAGGUCAACAAGAGGCCAGAAAACCUACAUCAGUACAAGUGGCAGGGUUGCAAGUAAUUCAAUUCAAGCCCUAUUUUCAUGAAGUGCAGAUGAGUCUGUAAGAAAAAUUUGAAAUAUCUUUAAACAGAAAUUAAGACUGGAUAGACUACAAAACAGUACAAGGUGGUAGCUGAUAAAGUGAUCACUAGAACGAUAUCAUGUACAGUCACUAUAUUGAGUGUGUAUUGACAUAUGUAGAAUGAUGCAGUGAAGAUGUAACUGGUGGAGGAAAAUAUUAACACCGAUUGAUACUAGUAUUAUCAUAUAUAUUAUCUCAUCCUUCAAUAUUAUGUUCAAAAGAGGGUUGUGCGGCAUAGUCCAAUAGACUUGGUCUGGACCGUCACUAGGCAUUUCCCUGUUAGGAUUGUGGUCUGCCUUUAACAGGGGCAUUAUAAAAAAUUGUAACACCAUCUUGAGCAGAUCAAGUCGCAAUCAGACAAUCUGGUGGUGGAGCAAUCAUGAUAUUUGACAGGUCUUACUUUGCAGACAUGGUGUUCUGCAGGUUCAUAGUUGUCUGUCUACUAGUGGACUAUAAUGGCCUUGCCACAGUGACUAAUAUACAUCAGGGUUCAUGUCUGCAACCAUAGUAGUCAUAGAAGCUUUGUGUUUUCUCUCAUAAUAUAGCAAUAUUGAAUUCCAGAGAGUGCAAUAGUACAACAUAUAUCAUGAGGUCAAGGUUUCAUAUUUCUAUGGUAUAGUCCAUAUUUGACAAAAUGAUAUGUUUUGAUUAUUGCACAAGCUUAGGCAGUCAAUACAAGUUAUACAUGUAUGAUAUCACAAAGGUGUAGUGACAGUGCAAUAGUAAAAACUAUUGCACAGCUCAAGUAAAUCAACAGCUCUUAUACUUUGUCCAUGCCUGAUGUUCUUUUGUUAAUGUCAUAGUAUGAUCAACCUGUUCCCUACUUGAACCUGGUGCUCCCUAUGCAAAGCAUAUGGGAAUUACAAUUUCAGUGGUUAAUGGGUUAAAUUCUGCUUUGUUUGGCAAUUGUUCUUGCAAUAUUACUAAGGGUAUUUAAGUAAAGACUCAGUGUAUGUGGAUAUGAGAUUAUAUUUCCUGUCGGGUUAGGGAAUAUAGGGAAUUUUUACCACAUUUUAAGAAAGUGAAACGGGAAAUCCAAGCUAUGAUGUACAAGCGGGGAAUAAUUCUGCUUUACAAAUUUGAAUAGCAUUUUUGUUCAUAAGAGAAGCUCUCAACUAAGUAAUGUACAGUCCUAUGUAAAAAUAUGCUAUACAAAAGACUUUAUGCAUAGCAGUCUUUCAAAAAUGUGGAGCAAAUUGUGAUGCUAUUCCAGGAAAAUUAUUCCCUGGAUAAAUGUAAUUUCAAUGUGGUCAGAAAAUCCUAAACAAUGAUGCAUGAAACUCAAGUAUGAUUGAUAUUCAAAUCUAUAAAUUGAAUUAUUCAACAAAAUGUGGCAAAAUCCUAAUCAUGUUCAAAAUUUUGUAACUUCAUGCAUUCAUAUUUUAAGUAAUGUUUGGAAGAAUUUAAGUCAGAGAAGUUGAAUUUAUCUAUCUUAUAUUUAUAACCACUGUGUAUGUGAUGAAAGAGCACAUUUGAUUGGUUAAAAAUACAGCUUUCAACAUUACAAUUUCUAACCCUUUUAUGUCAACCAUGCCAAGAAAUCCUUAUUUAUUUUAUUUCCAAUAUUUCUAUCACCUAAUCCAAGCUUCCAAAGUUAUUGUUUGCUUUUUUUUUGCAUACAGGAGAAAUCUUGAUUUUCAUAUAAUUUUUGAUAACAUUGGAAUGUGACCAAACAUGCUUUCCAGAUGGACCAAUACAUUGAAGAUAUUUUAGGUUCCAUUAUUAUUUCUCUGACCCUCUAAAUUUCCACCUAUCAACCAAAGUUUCUUCCUUGCAUACACAAUGCACUGCAGAUUGUAUGGCAGCUGACUCAAAUAAAUGUUAUUGUAAUCUUGUUCCACCGUGGUAUUAUCUUGCAUUUAUGCAUAUAAUGUAUGCAAUAUGCAAUAAAAAUGUGUGUGUACAACUAGGCCUAUAGCAAAGAAUGCUAAAGUAGGCAAUCUUAUAAAUCAUGCUGAUUUAUGCUGAUUUGUGAUUCAGUAGUUGGAAAUUAUAAACCGAGAUAUCUUCAAAGUGCAAAUACUGUUUUGCUCGGUUUGCAUAUAUGUGAGAACUUGAGAAGUUUAAUCAAUGUGGAUUCUUUUGGGAGAAAAUCUAUUGGGUUCGUACUUUGCGACAAGCCCUGUAAUUUAAGUCUGUUAUCCAUGUAGCCUUUAUUCUUUGCUUUUGUCAAGGGUCAGUUAAGUUCAGACAGAACUCCUAUGACAUUGGCUGUACCUUUGGUAUCAAACCUACUUCAACUUUUCAAAGUGAUCUCCAAGUUGGUUAAGAAUCCCAUACUGAGGAUGCGUGAUCACUUCCAGAAACUCUAAUGGAAUUUGACGGGACAAGAUGUCUUGUUGACAUUGUACCUCAUUGUCAUUUGAUAAUUAAUCAAAUGUUUGAUUUGUUAAUCAAAUAUCUGUGUUCUCAUUGGUGUCGAGUGAUAACAGUGUAUUUUUGUUUUUUUUAUUUUUUUAACCAAUGAUAUUAUACAUGAUAUAGUACAAUGCCCUGUUAAUUUCCAUUGUGACAGGUAUGUUAGCUGGUGGUGUGUUUCGUACCGGUACCAUAUUGAACUACUAGUACAUAUUUUCAUUUGAAAUCCCAUAGUGAAAAAAUGCAUUAUGUCACAUUCUAUUCCAGUGGCAAAUUUACUGUAUGUAGUUUCCUAUCAGUCCCUUUGAGCCAUUCCCAACUUACUGGAAUUCCCCGGUAAUAUUUGUGAAGAGCAAUUUCUGUUCAUGAAGCAAUAUGCUUUACGCUGCCACCGUAGAAAGAAUUCAUUAUUUGUACUGGAGCAUUCAAAAUGUCCAUGUUAACAGGUCCUGAAAGCUUCCAAAUGUCUGCCUUUAUUGUGAAGAAGUUUUUGUGUCCUCACCAUAGCAGUUGGCUGUUGUGUUUGCAUUGCUUUAGUUUUGUUGUCAUGGUGUUUGCCCAAGGACUGGCUCUUGUUCAACACUAGAGAGAGACGGUAGGAAGAAACUGAAGCCUGUCAUGUGGAGUGGAAAAUAUGAAAUAAAAUAUAAAAUAUACUCUGAAUUCUUUCCAGUUUGCAACAUGGGUCCCAUCCCAUUUAAGAGCCUCAAUGUUUUCACCAGUUAUCUCAAUAUUUAUUUGAAAGAAAUUAUCCAUGCUCAGCUCGUCUAUUUUUCAAGGCCAUGCUCUAUUUUUUUCCUGUAAUUGCUUGAUCAUUUUAAACAGCACUUUUGUUCAUACUUCUCUUAUUUUAGAUUUUCAUACUUGCAUGGGUAUGGAUAUCACCAAAUCAGUCGUUCAGAACAGGGUCAAAUGACAAAAUGUAACAUACAUGUAUAUGUUUAUGUUGAGCAUAUUACAUGUAAUUCUUUGUAAAAUAUCUGCAUAUGGUUAAGGUUAAGGAUAAAAAAGAUGUAAGAAUGUUCCAUUGAGUUCUUAUUCUUUCUGUCUACUGCAGAUAAUUUUUAAAUACAGUCUAAUAUAUACACCUGGGAAUCUACAAUGCAUGCUCUUGUAGAUAAAUUGCAUCAUUAUAUUUUUUAAUAUUUGAGAGGCAUUACGUAUCACUUCAAGAGCAUGCAGCCUUAUAAAUUGUCCAUGUUCGAUUUAUCUCCCAACAUGUUUUAGAUACAUGUUUUAUGAAAAUAAAUUUAUAUCAGGCAUUUUUAUUACAUAACUGUUUUUUUAUUCAAUUGUUGAAUAUCAUAGGAUAUUCAAUUAUAAAUUAUACAAACUGAUAUAUUUGUUUUGAUUUUGAAGUAAUCAAAAAAUAUUUUAUUUUGCUCUUGGAAGAAUGCAUUUGAAAGCAUAGUUUAAAUUUCUAUUGAAAAGAAGAAUUUACAAUUCCAGAAACUAGAUGGAAACUAUAGCAUUUAAUAGCAUUUGGAAUAAAUUGAAGUGAGGAAGUGAAUAUUUUAGAUAUGGUGUUUGAUUUAUCUUUCAUUUCUCUUGAACAGUAGGUCACAAAUAAACCUAGAAUAAAUUAAUUAAUCGCUGUUUUUCAUUUGUGUUAUAUGCAAUUCAUUUAUUGCUGUUAUGCAAAAUUGCAUACAUGCUGAAUGAGAAUUUAUUUAAUCCAUCAAAAAUAGAAUUUGAGUUCAUCUUGGAGUUUAUGGUAAAGGAUAAUUUGUGUCUGAGAUUGUAAUGCUAUGUUAACUCAUUUUUGCCAAAGACUUUAAACCUUAAAUGGAGAAGUCCAUCCUGAUUGAGAAUUGUUUACAUGAAGGUAGAAAAUAGAGAAACAAGUCAUUUGAAAUUGAAAAAAUUCUGUUAGCUACAAAAUAAUGAAGAUUUGAAGUUUUAACUCUUUAAUAGUUAUCUAAUAUACAUUUUGCACGAUGUGAAUUAGGCUUAUCUUCAACUUUGUUAUAAAACUUAAAAAUUAGGCUUAUCUCCAACUUCGUUGUAAAACUAAAUAAUAAUGUUUUGUAAAACUACUUUAUAUCAACUGAAAGUUAGUAAUGAACAGACCAUACGACUUGUUAUGUGGUGUGUUCAACACACCACAGAAGUAUUUCUGCAUCAGAAUGAUCUAUUUUUAGUAUAUAUCUGUAAUUACAGCUCAAAAAUUUUCAUUGUUCCUUUCUUUUCAUCUUCAUUUAUUUUUAUUGUUUAUUGAAAUAUAUUUAUUCAGGAAAAACCCAAGAUCAGUAUAAAAACACUCAUUGAUUGAUUAGUCUAUUUAUUUUGUAUUGAAUUUGCUCCCACAUUUAUUUUGAACGGAAGCCAAGGAAGAAAAAACAAAUUAUCAGGAUGGACUCUUUCUUUAUUAAUCUUAAUAAUACCAUUUGCAUUCUGACUCAGUUAUUACCAAGUAUUACUAACUCACUGAUACAACAUAUUUUUCAUUAUGUUAUAAAAUGCCUAUUUAAGAUUAGAGUGGUUAAUGACGAUAAGGCUAAAAUUAAUGCUUUGCCCGACGGUCGCUGUAAAAUAAAUUUAUUUUAUGUAUACAAAAUGAAUAUCAUGACUUUGACGUACAUGUUGUGGGCCGAAGAUACUGGUAUAGACGAAACUGCCCCCACCCCGAGUGAAUGUUAGCUUUGCCAGUGGCUGUUUUCUGAAUCUGUUAAUCGGUCUCAUUGAUCACCCUUCCUGAGAAAAGUUGGGAUGGGGUUGGAGGAGGGGGAGGGGGCUGUAGUGAAGAGAUAUCAUGAGCAAAUUUAAUCAUCAAGUAGCGUGAUUCAGUAUUUUGUAUAAAAAAAAAGCUUCAAUAAAAAAAAAUUGUUUUAUACCUAUACCUUGUAUGUUCGUGUAUGGAACAUUGAUUGGUGUAUAAUAAAAAAAACAUUCAGAUGUUUGGUUUUAUAAGUCUGCCUAAAAUGAAAGGUUUCAUUAUUCUUUACCAUAUCCUCAUACGAAUUAGAUGAUAUCUUGCUUUGUACUCCCUUUUCAACAUCCAUUUUCAAUAUAAUUGAUAGCAUAGGGCGUCACAUCAGUUUUUGAAAGAGGAGAUGUUACCUACAUUUUGUGUGUUUGAUUUUGUCCCCUACAUGCUAUUGAUUUGUGAACCGGCAAUAUAUUUAUGUUCUCAAAUCAUUUGUUUCAGUUGAAGAAAUGUAAACUCACAAAUUGACGCGGUACUGCCAACUGGUGGUAUAAAAAAAUGAAAAUAAAUUAUUUGUAUUCUAAAUUAAAAAUACAUUGAAAAUAAUACAGAACAGAAA